GCUACGCUGACGCACGCGUGCGCCCUUGAGUCUCUCUGACGCGGGUUUGACCUACAGCCCCCCGGAGAAGAUGGCCGCCCCAGCGGUGUCCGGGCUGUCCCGGCAGGUGCGGUGCUUUAGCACGUCUGUGGUCAGGCCGUUUUCCAAGCUCGUGAGGCCACCUGUUCAAAUAUAUGGUAUCGAAGGUCGCUAUGCCACUGCUCUUUAUUCUGCUGCAUCGAAACAGAAUAAACUGGAACAAGUAGAAAAGGAAUUGUUGAGAGUAGCACAAAUCUUGAAGGAACCUAAAAUGGCUGCUUCUAUUAUGAAUCCCUACGUAAAGCGUUCCGUGAAAGUGAAAAGCCUAAAUGACAUGACAGCAAAAGAGAGGUUCUCUCCUAUCACAUCCAACCUGAUCAAUUUGCUUGCUGAGAACGGUCGCUUGAACAAUACCCCUGGAGUCAUUUCUGCCUUUUCCACCAUGAUGAGUGUGCACCGUGGAGAAGUGCCGUGCACAGUGACCACCGCGUCUCCUUUGGAUGAAGCCACUCUUACUGAACUAAAAACGGUCCUGAAGAGCUUCCUAAGCAAAGGCCAAAUAUUGAAAUUGGAAGUUAAGGUUGAUCCGUCAAUCAUGGGGGGAAUGAUUGUCCGUAUUGGAGAGAAAUAUGCUGAUAUGUCUGCAAGAACCAAGAUUCAGAAGCUGAGCAGGGCCAUGCGGGAGGUUUUCUGAAAGUAUUGAUUAUCUGUCCGUGAAAACUAAAACUUGGAGCAAUAAUAAAGUGCUUCCUGAACAGAA